AAGGUCAUCAAAAUCGAGAAAGGCGAUAAGGGUGAUCGAGGAGAGCGAGGUGAACCAGGUCCACAGGGACCAGUUGGACCAGCUGGACCACCUGGCGUGUGCAUGGCCGAAUGCCGUGACGGUCGCGAUGGAAUGCCCGGUCCACGAGGUGAACAAGGACCACAGGGACCACCUGGCCCACCAGGACCAGCUGGCCCACCAGGACAAGUAAUUCAGCAAGCUCCCGACGAGGCUGGCUAUCCGAUGCAAGCUAUUCCCGGCCCACCAGGACCUCCUGGACCACAAGGACCGCAAGGCCCGAUGGGACCACGUGGUGAUCCUGGAAUCGGCAUGCCUGGACCGCAAGGACCACCUGGUCGAUACAUGGGACUGACUCAGGAUGAUAUUGACCGAAUAGUCGAGGAUCCUCGAAUGAAGGUGAGUGACGAUAUUCAUAAUAUUUGCUAG